UUUCCGACCUCUUGGUAAGCAGCCAGUCAGAUGAUACUCCCUUUCCCCGUGCAAUCAUUAUUGGCCCUCACCCGCCCUUCUUGAACCCGGUACCCAAACCGAUAUUCUGUGCCCCUCAACGACACUUUUACUGCCCCUCUUCCGCGGCGAUGGUUUCUUGGCCAUCGUCCGUACGGUCCAUCGUGAUCCUUUGAUCAUGUCCCUCAUUAGUGCCCUUCCUUACAACUAAUGCAUGCAUGUACUCCUUUUUCUUUCAUUGCCGCCGUCGUUGGAUCGAUCGGUGACUGUCCGCCAUGACUAACGGACAUGGGAACCCCACAAUCCAAUGCUGAUCUCAACAUACAGGUUACCAGCGCAACUCAUGUGGCUACUGUAAAUCCGACAAUGGAAGCGCAUCGUACUAUACUAGCUCUGUAUCAGUACGCCCCGUCCAUUAUGAGGAACUCGUCAACCGUGGGUGGAGACGGUAUGUAUCUAUCACUCGCUUGAUGAGAGAGUACGUGGCAUCCGGUCGCUAAUUCCUACUCCAGAUCAGGGACGCUUUACUACAAGCAGAACCUGCAGAGAUCAUGUUGUCCGCACUAUACGAUGAGACUUGAGGCGACAGCCUUCAAGUCGAGGAAGGACCAACGCAAAGCAAUCAAUCGCUGGAACAAGUUCGUCUUGGGACCGGAAUACAUCAGACGGGCAGCGUAUCUGUGCCCUAAAACACGGGAAGAAAAGAAGCACCGGAAGUGCAAUUUCGAUCUGCUCACGGCGGUUCACGAAGCUGAAUACAGCAAUGUAAAGCGGCCCAUUGAUCCCAAGACCAAGAAGUACUUGGAACCUGCUCAUCGAUUUGAGGUCAACAUAGAAGGGGACUCUGUGUCUCAGGCAAAAUACGAGCUCUUCCUCAAAUACCAGACCAAGGUCCACAAAGAAGACGUCUCCACGUGGCAGCAGAAGGACUUCAAACGGUUCCUCUGCUCGGGCCUAAAGCGUUCCCCGGCUGAUCCCAAGUCUACUGAGAAGAAACUAGGAUCAUGGCAUCAGUGCUACCGCCUGGAUGGGAAGCUCAUAGCCGUUGCGGUCCUGGACUUGAUGCCGAGUGGUGUGAGCUCCGUAUAUAUCUUCUAUGAUCCCGACUACGAACAGUGGGAAUUCGGGAAACUAAGCGCCCUAAGGGAAAUUGCCCUCUCUAUUGAAGGUAGCUACCAGUAUUACUACAUGGGCUAUUAUAUCCACUCCUGCCAGAAAAUGCGUUACAAGGGAUCGUUCAGGCCACAGUACAUCCUCGAUCCUGAAAGCCACACAUGGGAUCCACUUGAAGGCGAACUGGCAAAGAAGCUAGACGAACGUCCAUACGUAUCGCUCUCGCGUGACCGCCAGAUUGUCGCCGAAAGCACACAAGAGUCCGCUGGGACAGAGGCCGACGCCGAAAUCAAUGAUGAUGAGGUAUCUCUGUUUGACCUACGCAUGCCUGGCGUCCUGUCUCUGGAGGAAGUAAGGGCUUUGGAUUUGGACCACUGGCUACUCCUCGUCCAUGGUAGUUUUGUGCAUAUGAUUGAUCUCGUGGGAUGGGAGACGAUGCCUAUGGAUAAUCCCCAGUCAGUUAAAGGGAUAAUUGCUGAACUUGCCGCGGUGUUGGGUCCGAAAACUGUUAAGGAGAGUGCCGUCGUACUAUUUGACUAAUAGCGUCUUUAGAAUUCACUCUUAUCUAUCCAUAUAGGAAAGGUUCCAUAGGGAAAAUAUGUGC